GGGAGCGGAAGUAGGGAAGCGGAAGAUUUGUCCUGGCCCUCCCCGGAGAGCGAAAUCUUUGCCGGUUGGAAUCAGGGACGGGAUGGCUGAUGAGGAGGAGGAUCCCACUUUUGAGGAAGAUAAUGAAGAUGUGGGAGGAGGAGCAGAUGGUGGACAGGGUAAAAGGAAAAGACUUUUCUCUAAAGAAUUAAGAUGUAUGAUGUAUGGCUUUGGUGAUGACCAAAAUCCUUACACUGAGUCAGUGGAUAUUCUGGAAGACCUCGUCAUAGAAUUCAUCACUGAAAUGACUCACAAAGCGAUGUCUAUUGGACGACAAGGUCGAGUGCAGGUUGAAGAUAUUGUGUUCUUGAUUCGAAAGGACCCGAGGAAGUUUGCCAGAGUUAAAGACUUGCUUACUAUGAAUGAAGAACUGAAGCGGGCUAGAAAAGCAUUUGAUGAAGCGAACUAUGGAUCCUGACAUCUUUUAUGUUCUCCGAAGUUCCCCUAUCUUUUAGGACAAGUGUGUGCAUACUAGAACUAUGUAAUUUUCACCUUGCCAAAAAUGAAAGGUCCUGAUAUAAGUUAAGUACUUCUUACAAUCAUCUUAUUACCUUUAUCCAGUUGAUGCUAUAAAUGGGAAAUGGAGUAACUCUUCAUUGCUGCCUUUACUUUGACUUUGUGAAUUCUAAAAGUGAUAUUUAGGUAUUGAAUUGCCCACCUCUCUUUGUUAUACUUGAAAUUGCUCAUUGCUUUUAAUGACAGCAUGGAAGAAGCUAAAAUACCUGCAAACCAUGCAGAUCAUCUUGUCUUUUUGAGGUGAUAAAGACAAUUUAAACUAAGUAGUAUUUAUGUUUUGGUCUCAUUUUUGCCACCGAAGUUUUAUAUUAUAGCAGUUUGAUAUGUGAAAUCUAAAUAUCAGCCUUUUUGGUUUUGUGAUUCAUAAAAUAGAUUUCCUGGCUACUUUCAAUCUCUCAGACAAAUGAUUUUAGGAUUGCCACAGGAAACGUUUCCAUGCUCUGUGCUGGGCUAUAUUCUUAAAGUGUUGUCAGUUUCUCUUAAGGAAAAAGGGGGAAAGAGUUCCAUAUUCUUUUGACAUAAGGUUAAUUUCUUAAAUAAUUUGUUUUCAUUUCUUUCACUGGAUAUUGAAAGCAAUUUUUUUUCUUAGUGAAAGUUCCUGUCCCCUUUCAAAGUUCCAAAACUUAAGAUACUUUGAGAACUUUUUUUUGUUCUGAUUAAAAGCCUUUUGGGCCUACUAGACUAAUUGAGUUUUAGGAGAACUGAUCUCCACAGAAGGGAUUUAAAUUCUGAGACACUUAAAGGGAUACAAAUGCAUGCACUCUGAAUUUUAGUAAAAAUGUCAGUACUUUAAAAUUUGUUUUAAGAACUUACUUUGUUCUUUAUCUGCCAGCAUCUACACACAUGUGAUGUAGAUGCUACUGUUGUAGCUCAGGAUAUGUAAGUUUUGUGUGUAUUUAACCAUGAUGUAUUAAAUUAUUACUGUAUUUAGUUUAAUAUUAUUAGAAUUGAAAAAAACAGUUGAGGGAAUCAUUGAAAAAUUCUUUUUGUGCGAUACUACACUUUUAUGUGCUGGUUGUGAACAAUGUAUAUCAAUACUUGGGAAAUUCUGCCAAACUAAUUUUUUAUAUUAAGAAUAAAAUCAUCUAUGAAAAUUA